UUUCGCUUCAUUUGGUUUUGUUGUUCGAAAAAGCCCCUUCGCCAAAGACAGAAACUCAUAGAGAAGAAAAGAAAAGAAAACAGAGAGAGAGAAAAAAAACCCAUCUCUUCUCCCUCGCGAGUCGUGACCUUCAAACUCCUCAACCCUUGUGGACCAGAUGAGAGAGCUGUAACGCUCUGAAACGGCACCGUCUUUUAGCUCUACGAAGGAAAUGGCUCAGAAGCUCGAGCAGCAGCUCAAGGAGUUGGGAUCCAAACUCGAGACCCUUCCGCCUACCAAAGACGCUCUCGUCAAGCUCUUAAAGCAAGCUGCAACAUGCCUGUCUGAGUUGGAUCAAUCACCAUCGGCAUCUGUCUUAGAGUCGAUGCAGCCUUUCAUAAAUGAAGUUGUUAAACCAGAGUUGCUUAAGCAUCAAGAUAGGGAUGUCAAGCUUUUAGUUGCAACAAGCAUAUGUGAGAUAACACGAAUUACAGCACCUGAAGCUCCUUACAGCGACGAUGUUCUAAAGGAUAUCUUUCAAUUGAUUGUUGGCACUUUUGGUGGAUUACGCGACACAAAUGGUCCAUCAUUUGGUAGAAGGGUUGUCAUUUUGGAGACUCUUGCAAAAUAUAGAUCUUGUGUUGUAAUGUUGGAUCUUGAAUGUGAUGAUUUGGUGAAUGAAAUGUUCAGUACAUUUUUGGCUGUUGCCAGUGAUGAUCAUCCAGACAGUGUUAUUUCAUCAAUGCAGACAAUCAUGGUUGUUUUAUUAGAGGAGAGUGAGGAUGUUCGAGAUGAUCUUUUAUUUAUUAUAUUGUCUGUGUUGGGCCGUGGUAAAACUGAUGUUAGUAUGGCUGCAAGGAAGCUUGCUAUGAGUGUUAUAGAAAAAUGUGCAGGAAAACUUGAAGCUGGAAUCAAGCAAUUCCUUAUAUCAUCAAUGUCGGGAGAUAGCAAAUCAGUGAAGUAUCAGAUUGAUCACCAUGAAGUGAUUUAUGAUGUAUACCGUUGUGCACCCCAGAUUUUAACUGGAGUUGCCCCAUACCUAACUGGAGAACUACUGACUGACCAGCUAGAUACUCGCCUAAAGGCGGUUGGUUUGGUUGGAGAUCUAUUUGCACUACCUAGCUCUGUUACCUCUGAGGCUUUUCAGCCAAUCUUUGCUGAGUUUUUGAAGAGGUUGACUGACAGAAAUGUUACAGUGAGAAUGUCUGUGGUUGAACAUGUGAAGAGUUGUCUUCUGUCAAAUACUUCCAGGACUGAAACUCCCGAAAUUAUUUCUGCCCUCUGUGACCGACUCUUGGACUUUGAUGAAAAUGUAAGAAAGCAAGUUGUUGCCGUUAUUUGUGAUGUAGCCUGCCACGCUUUAAGUUCCAUUCCACUUGAAACAGUGAAACUUGUUGCUGAGCGUCUUCGAGACAAAUCUUUGAUUGUUAAAAAAUAUACACUAGAGAGGUUAGCCGAGAUUUACAGGGUCUGUUGCGUGACAAGUGUUGAAUCUGCUGAUGGCUCAAUCAAGUCUGAUGAGUUUGAUUGGAUUCCUGGAAAGAUUUUAAGAUGUUUCUAUGACAAAGAUUUCAGAUCUGAUACAAUUGAGUCUGUUAUUUGUGAAUCGCUGUUCCCAACUGAGUUUUCAAUCAAAGAUAAAGUUCGACAUUGGGCAAGAGUCUUUGCAGGAUUUGAUAAAGUCGAGGUGAAGGCUCUUGAGAAGACAAUGGAGCAGAAGCAAAGGUUACAGCAAGAGAUGCAGAGGUAUCUGUCUCUCAGGCAGAUGUAUCAGGAUGGUGAUGGUCCUGAGAUCCAAAAAAAAGUUCUGUUUUGCUUCCGUGUAAUGUCACGCUCGUUUGCUGAUCCUGCCAAGGCUGAAGAGAAUUUUCAGAUUCUUGAUCAGUUGAAAGAUGCUAACAUCUGGAAGAUCCUUACUAGUCUUGUUGAUCCGAAUACUAGCUUCCAUCAAGCUUGUACUUACCGGGAGGAUUUACUUAGGAUUCUUGGGGAGAAGCAUCGGUUAUAUGAUUUCCUUAGCACUCUUUCCGUGAAGAGUUCUUAUCUACUUUUCAACAAGGAACACGUGAAGGAACUUCUUCUGGAGGUCGCUGCUCAAAAAUUGGCUGGCAAUUCACUAUAUACAUCAUCGUGUAUGAAUAUACUGGUGAUUCUUGCACGCUUCAGCCCAAUGCUACUUAGUGGGGCAGAAGAAGAACUAAUAUGCUUUCUUAAGGAUGGUGAUGAAAUUAUAAAAGAAGGUGUUUUGCAUGUCUUAGCGAAGGCUGGUGGUAUCAUUCGUGAACAACUAGCUGUAUCAACAAGUUCCAUAGAUCUUUUGUUGGAGAGGCUAUGUUUAGAGGGGAGUCGAAGGCAGGCAAAGUAUGCUGUACAUGCCCUUGCAGCGAUUACAAAGGAUGAUGGACUUAAGUCACUUUCUGUUCUUUACAAGAGGCUUGUGGAUAUGCUGGAGGAGAAGACGCAUUUGCCUGCUGUACUACAAUCCCUGGGUUGCAUAGCUCAGACUGCGAUGCCUGUAUUUGAAACCAGAGAGAGUGAAAUUGAAGAAUUUAUAAUAAACAAGAUUUUGAAAUGCAAUAAUAAGACAGAAGGCGGAACAGAGACAUCUUGGGAUGAGAGAAGCGAACUUUGUUUGUUAAAGAUAUUUGGUAUUAAAACACUGGUCAAAAGCUACUUGCCUGUCAAAGAUGCAAAUGUUCGUCCUGGUAUUGAUGGUCUUCUAGAAAUUCUGAGGAAUAUACUUACAUUUGGAGAAAUGUCAAAAGACAUAGAGUCAAGCUCAGUGGACAAGGCCCAUUUUCGGCUUGCAUCUGCAAAGGCUAUUCUUCGUCUGUCGAAGUUCUGGGAUCAUAAAAUACCUCUUGAUGUGUUUCACUUAACAUUGAGGAUAUCUGAGAUUAAUUUCCCUGAAGCUAAGAGCCUGUUUUUAAGCAAAGUUCAUCAGUACAUAAAGGAUCGGAUUUUGGAUGGAAAAUAUGCCUGUGCCUUUUUGUUUAAUAUUUUUGGAUCCAAGCCAUCAGAGUUCCAGGAGGAGAAGCAGAACCUGGCAGACAUUAUCCAAAUGUAUCACCAAACGAAGGCACGGCAACUUUCUAUCCAAAGCGAUGCAAAUUCCUUGGCCGCUUAUCCCGAAUACAUUCUCCCAUACUUGGUUCAUGUUCUUGCUCAUCAUUCAUGUCCUAAUAUUGAUGAAUGCAAGGAUGUGAAGGCUUAUGAAGUAAUAUACAGGCAGUUGUACUUGAUUCUUUCUAUGCUGGUGCAUAGAGAUGAAGAUGUUAAAUCAGAAGCGAGUAACAACAUGUUGAAAGAAACCAUUUUUGCAAUAAUCUCUAUAUUUCAAAGUAUCAAUCAAUCUGAAGAUAUAGUUGAUGCAGAAAAGUCGAAGAAUUCACAUGCUAUUUGUGACCUGGGAUUGUCAAUUACCAAGCGCUUAGCCCCAAAGGAUUAUGAUGCCCAAGGCCUGACGGCAUCUGCCCCCCUGCCUCCAAUGAUGUACAAACCAUAUGAAAAGAAAGAAGGGGAUGAUUCUGUGGCUAGUGAAGGGAAAACGUGGCUGGCUGAUGAAAGUUCCUUGAAGCACUUUGAAUCGCUUAAGCUGGAAACCAGUGAAACACUUGUUUCAGAAACUGCUGAAGAUGAGAUUCUUAAAGAAGGUGAAGGAGAUGGAAAUGAAGUACCUUUGGGGAAAAUAAUUAAACACUUAAGGUCUAAGGGUGCCAAGGGCAAAAAGUCUAAAAGGGACAAUUCUACAUUGGCUGUAUCAGGGAUUGCUGAAAAUGAUGUUGAUGUCUUGAAAAUGGUUAGGGAAAUAAACUUGGAUAACUUGGGAAAAUCUAAUAAAUUUGAAUCAAGCAAUGGUCAUGAACAUUCUCCUAGUAAGAAAUCAACUCCUGAUUUGAAGCAUAAACAAAAUGAAAAAAGAAAAGCUAGUGAUGAGACACCAGUUCCAGUUCCGAAACGAAGAAGGUCAUCAUCAGGGCAAAGUGCUUUCAGAUCACAAAGCAGUACUUCAAAGGUCUCGUCAACAGAUACUGGGGAUGAUUUGCUUAAAAGAAAAUUGGCUAGAAACAAUAAGUCAGAUAUGUUAACACCACGCUUUCAAAAGAAUGUCUCUUCAUCAAAACGUAAAGGGAAAGGUUUGGACUGGAGUCGGAAUGAUGAGACCAAUGAAGUUGGGGAAGCUAGUGACCGUGAGAUGGCAACGGGCAGGAUUGACACAAAUAGCGAUGCCCAGUUUUCUUCAGGAUCUGUCAAGAAGCGGAAGCGAAAAAGUGUCGCAGUUUUGGCAAAGUGCAAAUUCAAAGAAGGUGGAAAGGAUAUUGAAGACUUGAUUGGCUGCAGAAUAAAAGUCUGGUGGCCUAUGGAUAAGCAAUUUUAUGAAGGCACAGUGAAGUCAUUUGAUACUAUGAAAAAGAAACAUGUGAUAUUAUAUGAUGAUGGAGAUGUAGAAGUGCUUCGCCUGGAAAAGGAACGCUGGGAGCUUGUUGACAGUGGCCGCAAGCCUACAAAGAAAUUGAAUUCAUCAAAAGCUUCCCCUUCAAAAGAUAUAUCGCAUGGUAAGACUAAGAAUGUUGAUGAUCUACGCCAGAAGAAGAAAACGAUCAAACCAGCUAAGGGGAAAAGAACACCAAAAAAAGUUUUGAAGCAUGGAGGAAAGGGUGUGUCAAAAGGUAAUCAUUAUGAAACUGAAGACAAAGAGAGUUCAGAUGUGUCAAAUCUUGAACCGAGCAGGACAUCUGAAGUCGAAGAUGAAAUGAACUCAGGUGGUUCUGAAGGGGAGCAUGAUGAAAAAAUGGAUGAAAACAUGUCUGAUGAGAGAGAAUCCGACAAUGAAGUGAAGCCAGUGUCCAAAAGAAAACAGUUAAUAGGCAAGAAGAGGAGCCCAAUUGUUGAGGAGUCUGAUGAAGAGAAACCUGGAGAAAGGGUUGCUGAAGAUAUGGACAUGAGCCAGAAUAGUGAUGAAGAGAAGCAACAUUCAGAAGAUGACCAUGAAGAUGAAUCAAGUGAUGCCUUAGGGGAGCAGCAGGCUAAAGAGGAGGAGAAAACAGAUUCUGAAGAUGAUCAAGGAAAUCAGGCUAAAGAUGAAGAGAAAACAGAUUCUGAAGAUAAUCAAGAACAUCAGGUUAAAGAUGAUGAAAAAACAGAUUCUGAAGGUGAUCAAGUAGAGCAGGCUAUAGAGGAAGAUAAAACAGAUUCAGAAGAUAAUCAAGACGAGCAGGCUAAAGAGGAAGACAAAACAGAUUCGGAAGAUAAUCAAGAAGAGCAGGCUAAAGAGGAAGACAAAACAGAUUCGGAAGAUAAUCAAGAAGAGCAGGUUAGGGACGAAGAGAAAACAGAUUCAGAAGAUAAUCAAGAAGAGCAGGCUAAAGAGGAAGAGAGAACAGAUUCUGAGGAAGAGAGAACAAAUUCCGAAGAUAAUCAGCAAGAGAACGAGGAAGAGAAAUCCGGUUCCGAAGAUAAUGAAGAAACGAAUGAUGUUGGGACUAGUCCCUUAAAGUCAAAGAUACCUGAUAAAGAGCCUCCAAAUUCGCUUGCUGGUGAUGAUGAACUUUCAGAUGAUGAACCUCUGAGCAACUGGAAGAAUCGGGUGGCAAAGAAAGGUUCAAACCGAGUCCGGUAAGCAGUUCUUAAAGCAGAUUUUAAUGCCUCUCGAGUUCCCGUUUUGGCUUGGAGAGUUUUGAAAAAGGCGAAUGGAGUAGAAGUAUCCAAGCACACGCAAAUAAAUGUAGCAAGCAGUCGCCGGCAGCCCCAUAUGUAGAUUGUAAAAAUAACAGUUUAGACAGUCUCCCACGUUUAGGUAGGUUAGUGCGUGUAACAAUGUUGGGACAUGAUUAGGUGGUAGAGAUAUAGGUUUGACAUAUGAUUGGUGGGGACGUUGUGAAUCUUUCUUCCUCGCCAUAAUUGAUAAAAUCCAUCGCCUACAUGUACAUACAGUUUAUACGUGGGGAAAGUUAGUUGUAUGUUAUUCAUGAUUGGAUUCUAACAUCCAUCCAUCGAAGUGGUACUUUUGCCUACUUUGGUUUAUUGGUUGAGGUUGUUAUGCAUUUUUUUUCUUGGGGCAGUGUAGAAGAAUCAAAUAUUGAAGACCCCAAGUAUUUUCAUGUGGAAUUCUAUAUUAUCUGUGAACCCGUCAUUUGGUAAACUCCUUUUUAACGCCUUUAAUCCAAAUAUUACAAGUUUAUUA